AGCCCCAUGUCCAAUAUUUAUGUGCGAUAAGGAUAGGUAGAACUCAAGGCAUUGCAAACACAAUGACUUCUUCCAUGUCCUUCCUUGGACUCUCUUCUUCCUCCUCUUCUACUGUUAGCUCUCCGUGGUUUUAUGAUGUAGUCUUAAGUUUUAGAGGAGAAGAUACUCGCAAUACUUUUAUUGCCCAUCUCCACCAUGCUUUGCUUCAAAAUGGCAUCCACACCUACAUAGAUGAGGACGAGCUUAGAAGAGGUGAUGAAAUCUCACCUGCACUUCUCCAAGCUAUUGAAAAUUCCCGGCUUUCAAUUAUCGUGCUCUCAGAAAACUAUGCAUCAUCUACUUGGUGCUUGGAUGAAUUGCUCAACAUUCUCAAUUGCAAGGAAACAAAGCAACAAAUAGUUUUACCUAUAUUUUACCAUGUAAAUCCAUCGGAUGUACGAAAUCAAAGAGGUAGUUUUGGAGAAGCUUUGGCUGUAUGUGUAGGAAAAUUCAACGAAGAUGUAAAGAAGGUGGAAAGGUGGAAGGCAGCCCUACAAGAAGUGGCCAAUUUGGCUGGAUACGAGUUGGAAAAUGGGAAUGAAUCAAAAUUCAUCCAAGAAAUCGUUCAAGAGGUCUCUAGAAUAGUAAAUUAUUCAUAUCUAAACGUCGCAAAAUAUCUAGUUGGGAUGGAGUCUCGAGUGCAAGACAUUGAUUUGCUUUUAAGUAUCGGGAUGAAUGACAUACGCAUGGUGGGAAUAUUUGGAGUUGGAGGAAUUGGUAAGACAACUAUUGCCAAAAAGAUCUAUAACUCAAUUUUUUCACAAUUUGAUGGUCAUUGUUUCUUGACAAAUGUUAGAGAAACUUCAAACCAAGUGGGUGGUCUGGUCCAAAUGCAGAAUACACUCCUUAAUGAGAUUCUAAAAGCCUCUAAAUGUUUUGAUGUUCAUAAUGUGGAUAGAGGAGUUUAUGAGUUGAAGCGCAAACUUUGCUCUAGAAGGGUUCUCUUAAUUCUUGAUGAUGUGGAUAAGUUAGUCCAGCUAGAAACAUUAGCUGGAGCUCGUGAUUGGUUUGGUUUAGGAAGUAAAAUCAUCAUAACAACAAGAGAUCAGAAUUUAUUACAUAACCAUAAGGUUGAUUCAAAAUAUGAAGUAAAGAGAUUGGACCAUAAUGAAGCUCUUGAGCUCCUUAGUUGGCAUGCUUUUGAGGAAGAUAAACCUAUGGAAGAUUAUGUGGAACUCUCUAAGCAAGUAAUAUCAUAUGCUGAGGGCCUUCCACUAGCUUUAACAGUGCUAGGCUCAGAUCUAAGGGGUCAAAGUAUAAAUCAAUGGAGAAGUGUAUUGAACAAGUAUAAAAGAAUUCCCAGCAAAAAUAUUCAAGAAGUACUCUGUAUAAGUUACGAUGGAUUGGAUGAUAAUGAGAAGGAGAUUUUCCUCGAUAUUGCCUUUUUUUUCAAAGGACAACACAUGGAUUAUGUCGUUAAAAUAUUAGAUAGUUGUGGUUUCUCUCCAGACAAUGGUAUCAAAAGGCUUAUAGAUAAGUGUCUUAUAACAAUUACUAUUCACAAUACCUUGUGGAUGCAUGACUUGCUACAAGAUAUGGGCAAAGAAAUUGUUCAAAAGGAAUCAUGCAAAGAACCAGGCACACGUAGUAGAUUAUGGUUUCACGAAGAUGUUCGCUAUGUACUAGAGGAAAAUGCAGGAACAAACAAUGUUGAGGGGAUAAAAGUGGUUCUGCCUAAGGGCGAUGAUCAUGACAUGAUAUGCUUGAGUCCCAAAUCGUUUGCAAAGAUGAAAAGACUCAAAUUUUUUAUAAGCCGUGGUGCACGCUUUUCUGGAAGAUCACUUGAUUAUCUUUCUAAUGAAUUAAGAGUGCUUGAUUGGUCAAACUGUCCUUUACAAUCUUUGCCAUCCAAUUUUCGUGGAGAGAAGCUCAUUGAUUUUCAACUGUAUGGAGGCCGCAUCAAGGACAUUAGCGGCCAAUUUAAGAACUUGACGAUAAUGAAAUUUUCUGAGUGCAAGUUCUUAACCAAAAUCUCGAAUCUUUCAAGUUGCUCAAAUUUACAAGAAUUGGAUAUUUUGGGUUGUGAAAAUUUAGUCGAAGUUCAUGAUUCUGUUGGAUUCCUGGAUAAGCUUGUUCGUUUGCGUCUUUAUCACUGCUCCAACCUAAAGAGUUUUCCAAGGCAUCUCAAGUUGAGAUCUCUACAAGUCCUUACACUUCAUGGUUGCUCUAAACUUCAAAAAUUUCCAGAAAUCAAGUGUAAAAUGGAAUAUUUAUGUUUCAUCUCAUUAUUGGGUAGUGCAAUAAAAGAAUUGCCUUCAUCCAUUGGGUACCUCACUCCUGCGCUUAAAGAGUUAUUUCUGCCUGGACAAUGCACAAAACUUAUGCAUCUCCCUAGUAGCAUUCAUCAGUUGCAAAAUCUGACGGUGCUUUGUCACAGUUACUGUGUUGGAUGCUUAACUGGGAUUGAACGUUUAUCUCUCGAUAAGUAUACAAAUCUUGCAAAAGAAGAAAUAAGUUUAUCCAUUAGGUACCAGAGUAAGCCUCAACAUUUGCACCUAAUAACAUCCAGAAUGAUUAAGAGGUCUGAACCCGAAUCAAGUGCUGAAUUACUCCCGAUGCCGGUUUCUAAUUGGUACCUUGACGACUUUUCAUUUUAUUGCACAUCCACUUUGCAAGAGUUAGAUCUAUCCUGGUGUGAUAUUGUCAGCCUUCCUUCAGGCAUCGAAAGCUAUUUAGAAUUGAGGAUACUCAAAUUGCGGCAUUGCGAGAAACUUCAAGAAAUUCUACUUCUUCCACCAAAUAUACAAGAGCUAUAUGCUAGUGAGUGUUUCUCCUUGGAAAGAUUUCUAGAAGUAUCAACAAAAUUUCAAUUCUAUACAUCAUGUGUCUUGCGAGAGCUAAGAUGGAUUGAUUUGUCCGGUUGCCAUCAAUUGGUUGCAAAUAUAGGGAGUCAGGCGCCAAAUCCUACAUUUGUUGAGGAACAUAUUCAGGACCAUUCAUGUGGUAUUAUAUUUCCAGGGAAUAAGAUUCCAUAUUGGUUUAGCCAUACUAAGGAGCCUUCAAAUAGAGAUUUGUGCGAAUUAGAUAUUAAUGGACCCUUUUAUUUGGAUGAAAUCAUAGGAAUUGUUUUUUGUGCUGUUCUUGGAUCCAACACGGAUGACUCCCCCUCCGGUAUUCGUGUUUCUAUAAACGGUAACAUGCUUGUAGAAGCAAAUCUUGAAUUAUUAGGAGACUGGAAUCAUGUAUAUCUAAAUUACUCAUUUCCAGAAUGUAUCGAGCAAUGGCUACGAUACCCAACAGGAGACAAUCUGAGGUUUAUAUUUGAUAGCAAUGAAGAAGCUGCAGGGAUUUUUAAAAGUUGUGGAGUUCACAUAAUCUAUAAGCAUGGAGAGAAUGAGAGUUUAAUUGUUGGGGAGUGCUCAGUAGAUUCAUCGAAUGGUAUCAAACUUUGUAAGAGACGCCAAAAUGAUGAAGACCACAACUUGGAAUUCAGUGGGUAUCCACAACACAAGAUGCGCUCUCAAAACUUGAGCAAUUCAAAUGUGGUUGUCGAUUUUGCAGAUGUUGAUACUGAUUUCGCAGUAGUAGAAGAAGGGUCUGAGGGAAGUUUAAAAGAAGAAGAAGUAUUUGCCUCUAGAUCUGCAUCCCAAGAAGGCCAGGCCAAUUCAGAGAAGCUGGCUUACUAGGCACUAGCUUUGCAGGUGAAUUCUACUUUUGAUCAGUUGGCUGAAGGUGCUGAAUUUGAAGUUAGGAUUUGGAGCGCAAACGAAACCAUAACUUGUGUUCUUAGUCAGGACUGGAUGAACCAUUAAACAGCAGAGGCGAUAUGCUGAAAUUGAGUUCACUUUAUUGUUUUAAAAAAAAAUCAAUUUAUAUAUGUACAAAUGUGUAUGAUACAUGGCUUAAGAAUGGUUGUUGUUCUUCUUUCUUUCUCCGACUUCUCUAUAAUUGAGCCUCUCUGGGGAAUGGUACUUACACGUACAGAGAGCUAGGGGUGACGCCUUUCAAGGAGCUU